AUGAGGGAAGCUACCAAGAUUGUCCAGGACAACUUCCAGCGCAAAUUGAACGGCCAUACAUCCGUCGCCGUCCCCGCUACGUCAUUGGCCACCCCAGCCAAGCACCCAGAGCCAAAGGAGAGCAAGAGUUUAUCAGUCCAUGUUGGCGUCCAUCCAGCACGUGAUGUUGGACCAGAUCAUGUACACCGACGCCCCGGAGGCGGCCAGCCCUCCUCAGCCCACAAGAUGUGGGUCGUUUCAUCGCCCCCAGCGCUGCUGCAGGAAAUUCCACUGAGCCCAACUCUCAACAAGUUUUCAAGCAUCCGGACCCGCAAGGCGUUAGAGGAGGAGCUUGGGCUGAGCGCAGGGGACGCCGAGGCCGUGAAGCGGCGCACCAGCACUUCAAAGACAACAGCGGCAACGUAG